UGCUCGCGGCAGACAGGAGCCGGCAGGCGGGUGCAGGUGGAUUAGGUUCAGGCGUCUUUCUCUCCACAGACAAGAGCCCCUCCCACGCGGACGCUCGCACCGCCCCGCGGCCCGUGAACAUGAACAAGGCUGCACAGAUGCAGGGCCCAGCCCUGCCCCCUCAGCACCUCGAAAGCGGCACGUCCAGGCGACGUGUCUGUCCAGAGUCCAAGAAAGCAGGGCUAGGCAGACCAGGCUGGCUCGUGGUCAGAGAACCUUCCAGGGAGGAGUGCAGGGGGUGGAGACCCCAGAGGGGCCCUGCUCCAGGGCUUGGCAGGCCCGGUCUCCCAGGGUCCGGGUCUGUGGCUCCCCACCCGAGGGUGCCACCCAGUGUACAGCGAAGGGGCUGGGCCUGGGGUUCCUGGGCCACAGAGAAACGUGCCCGUCCACCCCUCGCUCACCCGAGGCCUCAGAGACAGUCUGGCUCCACCGCCCGUGUCAGCGAUGCCCUCCUAGCCAGCCGCCACGGGAUGGAGGGCUUCAUGGACUCAGGGACACAGACGGAUGCCGUGGUGGUGCUGUCCUUGGCCCAGGCCGCCGUGCUGGGGCUGGUCUCGGAAAAUGAGCUCUUUGGAGCCACCAUAAGCGCCGAAGCCUUCUACCCCGACCUGGGGCCCGAACUGUCUGGGGUGGCCGUGGGGGAGCCGGGGCCCCCUGGCCCUGACCUCUACCAGCUGGCCUGCAACGGGCGCCCCCUGGAGGAGCCGGCGGAGGAAGAGGUGCUGGAGGUGGAGGCGGCCUUCGAGAAGCACACCCGGCGGAAGACGCGGCCGCCCGUCCGCCUGGUGCCCAAGGUCAAGUUUGAGAAGGUGGAGGAGGAGGAGGAGGAGGUGUACGAGGUGUCCGUGCCCGGCGACGACAGGGCCGCGGGCCCAGCCGAGGCCCCCAGCGAGGCGGCCGUUGGCGGCUGCGAGCCUCUGGUGCAGAGCAGCGCCGUGAAGAUGAUUGACCUCAGCGCCUUCAGCCGCAAGCCCCGGACGCUGCGGCCUCUGCCCCGCACCCCGAGGCCGGAGCUGGACAUGGCCCCCUUUGACCCCCACUUCCCUGACCCGGCCCGCGAUGGCUUCCCCGAGCCCAGCUUGGCGCUGCCCGGCCCGGAGGCCCUGCCCGCCGAGUGCGGCUUUGAGCCGCCGCCUCUGGCCCCCCUGAGCGACCCCGAGGCCCCCACCCUGGGGUCCCCGGAGCCCGUGAAGCCAGAGCAGGGCUUCGUGUGGCAGGAGGCGGGCGAGUUCGAGGCCGACGCGGCCGGCUCGACGGCAGAGCGCCACAAGAAGGCCCAGCUGGACCGGCUGGACAUCAACGUGCAGAUCGACGACUCGUACCUGGUGGAGGCGGGCGACCGGCAGAAGCGCUGGCAGUGCCGCAUGUGCGAGAAGUCCUACACGUCCAAGUACAACCUGGUGACGCACAUCCUGGGCCACAACGGCAUCAAGCCGCACUCCUGCCCGCACUGCAGCAAGCUCUUCAAGCAGCCCAGCCACCUGCAGACGCACCUGCUCACGCACCAGGGCACCCGGCCGCACAAGUGCCAGGUGUGCCAGAAGGCCUUCACGCAGACCAGCCACCUCAAGCGCCACAUGCUGCUGCACUCGGAGGUCAAGCCCUACAGCUGCCACUUCUGCGGCCGCGGCUUCGCCUACCCCAGCGAGCUCAAGGCGCACGAGGUGAAGCACGAGAGCGGCCGCUGCCACGUGUGCGUCGAGUGCGGCCUGGACUUCUCCACCCUGACGCAGCUCAAGCGCCACCUGGCCUCCCACCAGGGCCCCACCCUGUACCAGUGCCUCGAGUGUGACAAGUCCUUCCACUACCGCAGCCAGCUGCAGAACCACAUGCUCAAGCACCAGAACGUGCGGCCCUUCGUGUGCACUGAGUGCGGCAUGGAGUUCAGCCAGAUCCACCACCUCAAGCAGCACUCGCUCACCCACAAGGGCGUGAAGGAGUUCAAGUGCGAGGUGUGCGGCCGCGAGUUCACUCUGCAGGCCAACAUGAAGCGGCACAUGCUGAUCCACACGAGCGUGCGGCCCUACCAGUGCCACAUCUGCUUCAAGACCUUCGUGCAGAAGCAGACCCUCAAGACCCACAUGAUCGUGCACUCGCCCGUGAAGCCGUUCAAAUGCAAGGUGUGCGGGAAGUCCUUCAACCGCAUGUACAACCUGCUGGGCCACAUGCACCUGCACGCGGGGAGCAAGCCCUUCAAGUGCCCCUACUGCUCUAGCAAGUUCAACCUCAAGGGCAACCUGAGUCGCCACAUGAAGGUCAAGCAUGGCGUCAUGGACAUCGGCCUGGACAGCCAAGACCCCAUGAUGGAGCUGGCGGGCACAGACCCCUCAGAGAUGGACGGCCAGCAGGAGAUGGAGGACUUCGAGGAGAACACCUAUGCCUACGCGGGCGUGGACGGCAGCGCCGAGGCCAGCGUCCUCACGGAGCAGGCCAUGAAGGAGAUGGCCUACUACAACGUGCUAUAGCCCCGGGGGCCCGCGGCUGAGGGUGAGCUGCGCCUGCGGCCCCCGCCCGCCCCUUUGCACUGCCGGGGACUCAGACCAAACGCAGACUGCACAGCUGGGCUGGGCUGAGCUGGGCAGCGGGCACAGACCCAGGGGGGCGGGGGGAGGAAGGACAUGGCCCAGUCUCGCCUGCUGCUGUGGGAGGGGCUGCGUGGGCCGCGGACAGGGUGCCCCCGCGGGCAGGCCCCUCCAGAGGGUUCCUUGGUGGUCCCAACCCCAGAGGAGGUGCCUGAGCGCGGCCCUGCUUCUCCUCUAGACCACUCCUGCCUCCGGGGCCGUCUGCCCGAGCCAGCCACACUGCCCACUGCCCCCUGCCCGGCCCAAACCCUGUCCCCUCCCUGUCCAUGGACAGCCAGGCAGGGUGCUCUGCCUUCUACCUCCUGGUGCCUCCUUGAGCCCCCGCCCCCAAGCCAGGCGUGCAAGCGCCCGGGGUCAGCCCAGCCCACUCACGUCCUCUGGCCCGUCCUGCUGCCCUGGGGGGGCGGGUGUCCCCAGAGCAGGUCUCCACAAACGUCAUCCAGUUCUACCUUAACCCCCGGCCCCCCACCCCACCCCCUAGCCUUGCAUCAGGGACACAAGACAGGCGGCCGGCCGGCCCUCCAGGGCGGGGCAGGCACAGCGCAGGGGCCCUGGGGACGGGGCUGUCCUCCCAGGAGGCCGAGGGCCGCCCGCGGGGGCCGGCGAGAGUUCCUGUUGAAGGCGGUACAGGCGUCCGCAGGCUCCAGGGAAGAGCGGCGCGUUUGAAAAGGAAAGCGAGGACCAGACAGAAAACGACACUUUUUCUUGGAGCGGGCGGGGUAUUCCGAAGGUGACUUAUUCUUUUCCACCCCCGCCAUCUCUCCUCUCUGGCGGGGAGCGUGUCCUGUGCGGCCUGGCCCGGAGGUGCAGCUGCAGGCAGGACGCCCGGGAGGGCGGGCAGAGCCGGGAGGCCCUCCGCUCCCGGCCCCGCCCCCCGGCCCCCCAAUCUGCUCGGCCUGCAGUCCCCGCCCGCUCUCGUCUCUGCCCCCGUGCCAGCUCCUGCCCUGGCACCCACAUGCCGGCCCUGGGCGGUGAAAUAGCACAUUCAGGAAUGCGGGGCGCCCGCAAGGAGGGGGCACCCGAGCUUCAGCACCCCGCUGGAUCCUCAGUGAAGGGCCCAGCCGGGCCUCAGGGUGGGGUCAGGAGGAGGGUGGGCCAGGCAGCCUCUCAGCCAGGUGGCCCUGCCUCCCGCCAGAGCUCGCUGAGCAGCAGCCAGGGGCUGGGUCUCCCCAAAGCGGCUCCAGACCCCGAGGCGCCGGCCCCAGGCGCCGCCGUGACGCCCCUCAGGUGGCAGUGACCUGGUCACUGUGGAAGACGUUUCCUCCUGCUGAGCAGAAGCGCCGUCCCCCACAAACUACCUCCUCCCAAGUCUUUCUCCCCUGGUACCAAAAAGAACCCUGCACCUCUGCCCCGCCUGCCCCUGCCCGCGCAGCGGCCUCGGCCUCGGCCCCCGGGAGGAGGCCUGACCGAUGGGCCCCCCGCAGCCCACCCCGGCGCCCUCUGCGGCCCACACUUGAACGCCCGCCUGGCCCGCGCCUGGCCCCGCCGAGGGGACCGCACGCCUCAGUCUGGGCGGGGUGCCUCGACCAGACCCCGUGCUCAGCCCUCAGCCCGCGCGGCUCGCGGCGACUUGGAGACUCCUGGGCCGACUCCACGCUAACUUAUUUUGAUGUGUACCACUUAGAACUCCAAUCGUGCGAAGCCCUACUGUGUUUUUAUGUUCCAGUUGAAAGAGUUUACUUAGCAAUAAUUAUAAAUAAAUGAAUAUUCUUUAGCGAGGUGACUGAGCGUGCUUCCUCCCGUGGCACUGGGGACCUCGUCCUCGCCCUGCCCCGGGUUUCGGAAGGAAUCCCCACCCCGGCUUCCCAGCUCCGCCGCGGAGGGGGGCCGGGGGGCCCAGAGCAGCCUGUGGUAUGAGAACACACAGAGCACC